AGUUUUGCCCCAUCAAUCAUUUUAUUGGAGGGCGCAGUGGGAGCGGAGAAACGUAGUAGUAAAGGCGUUCAUUCAGCAGGGGUAAACACUGGGCGCUAUGGAGAUAUAUUUCAGCAAACUUGCACAUUCAUCCAACUUUUGACACCUCUUUGACUUUUGAGUGGGGGUCCGAGCAGCAGCCUACAACUCCCCGGCUGACCCUGAGCUUUACGGUACUCACCAGCGCCACUCGCUCUGCACUCAGUCGGUAUUUGAAGUUUGGUGGAGGAAACGAGGCAGGAUGUACCAUGAAGAACCCGCCAGCGUACAAAAACCGCGUUAUGGAACCAUCCAGGAUGACGAGAGGACGUCCGCGGAGGAGAUGGACGAGCGCCGGCGACAGAACAUCGCCUACGAGUACCUCUGUCACUUGGAGGAGGCCAAGCGGUGGAUGGAGGCCUGUCUGGAGGAGGACCUGCCCCCCACCACCGAGCUGGAGGAGGGGCUGAGGAACGGCGUCUACCUGGGCAAACUCGCAACCUUUUUCGCCCCCAAAAUGGUGUCCCAGAAGAAGAUCUACGACAGAGACCAGACCCGAUACAAGAGCACAGGGCUACAUUUCAGACACACCGACAACACUGUGCAUUGGCUCCGGGCCAUGGAAUCCAUCGGGCUGCCCAAGAUAUUCUAUCCAGAGACGACCGACGUGUACGACCGCAAAAACAUGCCCAAGGUGGUCUUCUGCAUACACGCACUGAGUUUGUACCUGUAUAAACUGGGCAUUGCACCACAGAUACAGGACCUACUGGGAAAAGUGCCCUUUACUGAGGAGGAGAUCAGCAACAUGAGGAGUGAGCUGGAGAAGUACGGCAUCCAGAUGCCAGUCUUCAGCAAGAUAGGAGGCCUCCUGGCCAAUGAGCUCUCAGUGGACGAGGCUGCACUGCACGCCGCCGUGAUCGCCAUCAACGAGGCGGUGGACAAGGGCCAGGUGUCGGGCACCCUGGCCGCGCUGAUGAACCCCAACGCCAUGCUGAAGAACCCCCAGGAGGCGCUGGCCCAGGACUACCAGGACACCCUGAGCCGGGCCAAGGCCCACAAGGAGCAUCAGUCCUCAGGCCGGCGCUCCUCUGUCUCAACAGUAGAGAGGGAUGUUUAUGAGGAGCUGUUGACACAGCAGGAGAUCCAGGGCUGCACCGACCUCGUCAACGUCCAGGCAGCGGUGAGGGAUGUGAACCAGGCGGUAUCGGCCCAGGAUGAGGCCUCUCUGCUGGCCGGACUCCGACGGCCGGCCCUGGCCCUGCUGGGUGUCCAAGACGCCAACUCCCAUUGGUACAUGGAGCACUUCAGCAACUACAGCCAGCAUAAAGCCAAGGAGGGAGGGCAGGUCAUGAUGCUGGAGAGAGAGGAGAUCCAGAGAGUGGUCAGCUCCUGCAACGACUUUGCUGAGGCAGAGAAACGCAAGCUGGAGGCCAUCGAGGCCAUCAACGUGGCCAUCCGGCUGGGCGACGCGGAGCACACGGUGGAGGAGCUGCUGAAGCCCGAGGCCCAGCUGCCCAUCGUCUACCAGACGGCGGCCAACUUGUACCAGGCCGAGCUCUUCAGCCUCCAGCUGCAGGGCGGACGGUCCGGCUUGAGCCACGAGGAGCUGAGCGUCGCCGUGGAGAUGCUCUCUGCGGUGGCGGUGCUGAACGAGGUCCUGGACACCAAAGACCCCCAGGCCGUGACGGAGCAGCUCACAGACUCCCCGCUGGGCUUCAGCAACAUCGACCAGGACAACCUCAACAGAUAUGCGGAUACUCUGAUCAGCCUGCGGGCCGACGCCCUGGGCGAGGGCAAGGAGUUCCUCACGUGGAACGACGUCCAGAAGUGCGUCGACACGGUCAACGUCCAGGUCCACGAAGAGCACGAACGCAUCAUCGCCAUAGCGGAGAUCAACGAGGCGCUGAACUCGGGGGAUUACGAGAUGACCCUGGUGGCCCUGCUCCUCCCCACGGCCAAGCUGACCGGGGUGAACCUCCCCACGGCCAAACACUACCACGACGUGCUGCAGGACUCCAAGAAGCUCCUCUGCCAGAAUUCUGGCGAUGAGUCAGCAGUGCUAUGGCUGGACCAGAUACAAGAAGCCAUACAAGCAGCCAAUCAGGACGGAGAAGAGGCCCUCGUGUUGGCCUCGGCGGUGGCCGAGAUCAACAGGAAGGUGGACCAGGGGGUCCCCGAGGACACACUACAGGCCCUGCAGGCCCCCGGCGCCGCACUCAGGGGAGUGCUCCCGGAAUGCGCUGACGCCUACCAGACCGAACUCGCCCAGGCACAGACGGACCCCGCCGACACAGGCAGCAGUGACGGCGUGUGGAUCCGGCACUGCGUCAAGGACAGCUAUGACUACUACUACAACCUGGACAGCGGAGAGGGCACCUGGUUGGAGCCAGAGGGCUUCCAACAAAGAGAUGGCCAGCUCAGUAAAGAGGAGAUCCAGACUGUUGUCAACUCCGUGACGUCGGAGUUCAACAGGGAACAGCUGUGGUUGGCCAAUGAGAGCCUGGUGACCUUGCUUCAGGCCCGGGUCAGAGGUUACCUGGUCAGGAGGGCUCACACGCAGCGGAUGGAGUAUCUACGGCAACAAGAACCGCACAUAGUCCGACUACAGGCGUGUCUGAAAGGGUAUAAACAGAGAAAGCUGUAUAAAGACAGACUGGCCGUUUUGCAAGGCAAUGUUGGAUCGGUGGUCAAGCUCCAGUCGAUUGUGAAAAUGUGGAAAGCCAGAAGCAAAUACACUCAGAGGCUGCAGUAUUUCAGAGAACAUGAAAAAGAGAUCGUGAAGAUCCAGGCUUUCCUUAAGGCCAACAAGGCCCGGGAGGACUACAGAACGCUCACCGGAGCCCAGGACCCGCCUCUCUCCGUGGUGCGCAAGUUCGUCCACCUGCUGGAGCAGAGCAGCCUUGACCUGCAGGAGGAACAGGAAGUGACCCGUCUGCGGGAGGAAGUGGUCACCAAGAUCCGAUCCAACCAGCAGAUGGAGAAAGACCUGAACCUGAUGGACAUCAAGAUCGGCCUGCUUGUGAAGAACCGGAUCACUCUGCAGGACGUGGUCUCGCACAGUAAGAAGAUGAAGAACAAGAAGAGCAACGAGGAGCCGGACGCCGCGGACCGCUAUGGCAUCAAGGGCCUGAGCAAAGACAAGCGCAGGAAACUGGAGGCGUACCAGCACCUGUUCUACCUGCUCCAGACCAACCCCUCCUACCUGGCCAAGCUCAUCUUCCAGAUGCCCCAGAACAAGUCGACCAAGUUCAUGGACACGGUGAUCUUCACGCUGUACAACUACGCCUCCAACCAGCGCGAGGAGUACCUGCUGCUGAAGCUCUUCAAGACCGCCCUGGAGGAGGAGAUAAACUCCAAGGUGGACCAGAUCCAGGACAUCGUGACGGGGAACCCCACGGUGAUCAAGAUGGUGGUGAGCUUCAACCGAGGGGCCCGGGGCCACAACACUCUCAGGCAGCUGCUGGCGCCCGUGGUCAAAGACAUCAUCGAGGACAAGAACCUGGGCACCAACACCAACCCCGUGGACGUGUACAAGGCCUGGGUCAACCAGCUGGAGACGGCCACGGGCGAGGCCAGCAAGCUGCCCUACGAGGUGACCCCGGAGCAGGCCAUGGCCCAUGAGGAGGUGCGCAGCCGGCUGGAGGCCUCCAGCCAGGCCCUGCGCGCGGCCACAGACAAAGUGCUCUCCUCCAUCGUCUCCUCGCUGGACAACAUCCCCUAUGGCAUGAGAUACAUAGCUAAAGUUCUGAAGAACAGCCUCCAUGCAAAGUUCCCCGACGCCACAGAGGAUGAGCUGCUGAAGAUCGUCGGCAACCUGCUGUACUACCGCUACAUGAACCCCGCCAUCGUGGCGCCGGACGGCUUCGACAUCAUCGACAUGUCGGCCGGCGGGCAGCUGCACUCGGACCAGCGCCGCAACCUGGGCUCCGUGGCCAAGAUGCUGCAGCACGCCGCCGCCAACAAGCUGUUUGAGGGGGAGACGCACAUGACGCCCAUGAACAACUACAUCUCCCAGACUUACCAGAGGUUCAGGCAGUUCUUCCAGGCGGCCUGUGACGUCCCUGAGCCCGAAGAGAAGUUCAACGUGGACGAGUACUCUGACAUGGUGACGCUCAGCAAGCCCAUCAUCUACAUUUCCAUAGAGGAGAUCAUCAACACUCACUCGCUGCUGCUGGAGCAUCUGGGGGCCAUUGCUCCCGACCGCAGCGACCUCCUCCAUGAGCUGCUGCAGGACCUGGGAGAGGUCCCAGACGUGGAGGCACUGCUGGGUGAGGGGGCCCUAGAUUCUAACGAGUCUAAAACCAACAGAGAGACCACCCUGAGCCAGCUGGCUAAGACGGAGAUCUCGCUCACCCUGACCAGCAAGUUUGAACUUCUGGAAGGGGAUGACAAGGACCUGAAGAGUCUAAUGACAAAGACCAAGAAGCUGAUCGUGGAUGUGAUUCGAAUCCAGCCCGGCGAAACACUAACUCGGACCCUGGAAACUCCUGCAGCUGCUGCACAGGAAUCUGAGCAUGCCCAGAUCGUGGAGCGCCGAGCGGUGCAGGACGCGCAGACGCCAGAGGGGCUGAAGACCAACCAGAUGGUGCUGGAGGACGCCCAGCUGCCCCUGGAGCAGAAGAAGAGAAAGAUCCUGAGGAACCUUCGCACCCUGGAGCAGGCCGGCUGCAUCGCCGAGGGCAACAAGUACCAGGACCUCAUCAACGAAAUAUCAAAGGACAUCCGCUACCAGAGACGCUACCGCCAGAGGAGGAAGGCGGAGCUGGUGAAACUGCAGCAGACGCUGACGGCGCUCAACUCCAAGGCGCACUUCUACCAGGACCAGACCAACUACUACGACACGUACAUCAAGACCUGCCUGGACAACCUCAACAGGAAGAACUCGCGGAGGUCCAUCAAAGGGGAGGAGAAGGGCAGUAAGAAGCUGAAGCAGCAGUCCCUGAAGUACACGGGCGCCCGGCUCCACGAAAAAGGAGUGGUGCUGGAGAUAGAGGGCCUGCAGGCCAACCAGUUAAAAAAUGUCAUGUUUGAAAUUGCGCCGAGCGAGGAGGUGGGAGACUUUGAGGUGAAGGCCAAGUUCAUGGGAGUUGAAAUGGAGAAGGUCCAGCUACAUUUCCAGGACCUGCUCCAGUUACAGUACGACGGGGUUGCCGUCAUGAAGAUGUUUGACAAAGCCAAAGUGAAUGUGAACCUCCUCGUCUUCCUCCUCAACAAGAAAUUCUAUGGGAAGUGAGGGGAGACCAAAGCAACUCAAUACAUAUUAGAUAUUUUAAAAGCGCCUUCUAACAGUGGGGCCGAGAUUGAAUGUGUCUGAGGUGUGGAAGCUGACUGAUAAGUUGCACAUGGAAGUGCAGCGAUCGUAAACUGGGGGACUCUCCAGCAGUGGUGCUUCACACUGAUUGGCUUAUUCACUUUAAAACCAAAAUGUAAUUUUAAUUUGUUUUUUGUGAUGUCUAAUUACGUUUCUUAUGCUUGUUUUUUUUCCCACUGGGUGAUUGUAAAUGGAAUAUAUGUAUUUUAAAUUGUUUACCUAUAAUGGUAGGCUAUGAAUGUUUUAUAUGUGAAGCUAUUAUGUGAAGAAAUGAUACAUUGAAUCUCUAGUUUUGACCUGAAUUUAAAAGGGAUUUAGCAGAAACGGCCCUGUUACUCAGCAUUGACCACUGAUGUUCAGUAGUUUACCAGUGCCUUUUUAAUUCAGAAAAUGCAUAUCGGUCAAUUUUAAAGAACGGAACUUUUUUUAAAUUAAAAACCUGUGCUAUAAGAUGAUUAUUUAGGUAGACAAAGAAAAGUAUAAGUGAUAAAUAAAAUAUUUCUCUAAUAUAAAGUUGUUAUUCAGUGCUAAUAAAUGACAAAUGUCUAAA